AUGCGUGUCCUCGAGAGUGUUUUUGAGUUCGGGAAGACCUUGAAAAAAUGCUCUGAAACAGAAAAAAUCUUGGUAGUUGACUUUUAUGCUGACUGGUGUGGACCUUGUUGUCGUAUUGCCCCGCAAUUUGAGGCUCUCUCAUCUGAGUUUCGACAGGGAAAUUUUGUCUUUGUGAAAGUGAAUACAGACCGUUGCUCAGAACUUUCCCGACAAGAAGGGAUUUCAGCUCUACCAACCUUCAAACUGUAUCAUGACGGAAAAUGUAUUGAAACAAUUGUUGGUAGCAAUGUUGGUCGGUUACGACAAGUUUUGAAUGAAUUCUCUCUGGAUAACUCAAUAAUACAGCUCAAACUCAAUAAAAAUCACUUGGAAAGAUUGCGUGCAUUUGGGUGUUUACACAAGAUUUGCGACAGAAUUCUAAGUUAUCCUCAAGAAGAUAAGUUUCGCCGCAUUGGUUUGGCUAGCUCUGAUUUUAUAGAAACACUUCUAGUUGUUCCCGGAUGUAUGGACUUCCUAUUUUCUGCAGGUUUUCAGGAGGCUGAUGAUGCUUUUGUCUUACCAGCUACUUUUGAUGUCGGUCAUUUGAAGAAGUUAUUUAUUCAGUUAAGAUCUUGUUUGCCGGUUAGUUCUGUGACAGUAAAUCAAGACAGUCUGGAUCUGAGAAGCCCUGAAAUAAGUUUUGUUAACCGAUUGCUUCAGUAUCGUUCUUUUGUUGUAAACUACAUGGAUUUAGAGUUACAGACUCGGGCACGUGAAUUGAUUCCCACUGAACAGCUUCUUUUAUCCGCCUCUCAAAAUAAUAGUUGUUCUAUAGAUGAUGUGGAGCCCAGAGAUUUUCUUCGAGAGUUAUUAAUUUGGUUUAAGAGUGAAUUCUUUAAAUGGGCUGACGACUUUGUAUGCAAAACAUGUGGUGGUAAAAUGGUCGCAUUCUCAAACGAUCAGCCUCAACUGGAUGAAAUGAAUGAUGGUGGUGCAAACGUAGUAGAGAUUUAUCAGUGUAAAACAAAUAAAACACAUCCAUUAUAUCGUUUUCCUCGAUAUAACAAUCCUAGAAAACUACUUGAAACUCGUUUAGGACGAUGUGGUGAAUGGGCAAAUUGUUUUACAUUGUUCCUUGUUUCUGCUGAACGUCACACUAAUCAACUUGGUUUGAUGCAUGCCGACUUAUUAUGGAUUGGACAGAUCAUGUUUGGUGUGAAGUCUGGUUAA